CCCACUUGGGGCUUGCUUGGACUUGAAUGAUCGCCAGUCCGUGCCGUGCUCCACCUUCAUCUAUGCCAUGCACACAGCUGCCAUCAAUCACAAAAAGUACAUAAAACGUGCCUCCCACACGACGUUCAAGUUUCUUUUUGGAAAUUUCAUCAAAAUUGAUUUUGUAAUGUAAUGAGUAAUGCUAUUGAAUCGAACGCUGGCGUAUCAUUGAGCCUCACAGCUUCCUCCGUUUGGGAGCUGUGGGUACAUCAUCCUCCACUGGAGGCGUCUCUUCCACCUCCACCCUUCCCUUGCCCCGUUCAAUGCUUCGCCAGGCAGAGAGUGUUUGCUGCACAGACUCAAACAUAUCUCUAGCAUCUUCCACCACUCCCUCUUCGCCUGGGUUGAACAUGGAGGCAUUGACGAACAUGCGCAUAAUCUCUCUUUCGAGCUGGCCUGAGUUGAGGAUUGCCUUUGGAGGGAUAUUGUCCAAAGUCAUCGGUAACUCGACAACGGCCCCUCCACCACCGGGACUACCAGUUGGCGUAUCUCCACUGGCAGCUGCUGCCACUUGUUUCGUCCCAGCAGCGAUUCCCUUUUGAAUUGUUUUGAGAUCGGUGGGUCGUUUGAUAAUCUCAUAGUAGCCUUCUGCGUCUUUGGCUCUGACCGCCGUAGUAAAGAUCGAUGCAUGUUUGUGUGAGCUAAUGACAUCCAUCACGGGCUUACACAUGCUAGUGAAUUGCCGCGGUGCCACUACUGUCUUGGGUAAACCAGGAGUAUGUGAUCUAUCUUCAGUCUCUUCCGGUGUUGGCUCACGCCCAUGGCGUUUCCGUUUGUUGGUGGUUUGCUGUCCACGCCUGCGAGUCGUCAUGUGCGGCGUCGAUACGGCAUCCUCCGCAAUGACAUCGAUAGAGUUCCCACGUUCUGACUUCACUCGGUCGCCUGACUGGGAUUCGGAAUCAGCCGCAACUGUCUCCGUAUGUGAGAUAACCGAUUGGCUUCUGCUUCUCUCUCGCGCCGAUGUGCCAGCGUGCGAAGACGCGAUACUACCGGGUCUUGCCUUUCUGGUCGGCGCUUUCCGGCGGGACCUUCCCUGACGUGUUUCCAUCUCUGGAACAAUCUCGGAGGGCACCUGUUCAGUCUCCGCCUCAGGCUCAGGUUCUGGCCUGGACUUGGCCUCUGCAUCUUUUUCUGGGUCCUUCUCCUUCUUUGCCUUCGCCCUGGAUUUACGCGUGGCUUUCGCUUUUGGCUGUUCGGGCUGCAAGGGCUUGUCCCGCGGCAAUGACUCUGGUACAACAAAAUCAUCAAUGUCAGCGACCGGUGGUCGCAGCACUUGAGUGGGGACGGGCCAAGCUCUUGCUGAUCCUUUGAUGGUAGAUUUUGCGGACCGAGGCGUAGAGAAUGCACUGGUCGGUGUGCGCAUCCCCGAUGGUGUCGACAAAGAGAGCCUUUGGUGCGUGACGAGAGGGUGCAUAUGUGGCGCAUUUGGCCUAGAAGCACUCGACGACUGAGGGGUUGUUCUAGGCGCUUGUCGCGCAUUGACAGGAGUAGAAACCGGAGGGUAAUGCUGUGGCAUGGGAGGUGGCUGAUGAGCGCGCGAUGGAUCUUGAGGUGAGACCUGGAACGGAGGUAACAUGAAACCGCCUUGAGGUGGAGGUUGUCCAGCCUGGUGCGGCUGCGCAUGGUAAGGUGGAUGACCAGAGUAUGGUGGAAAGUUUCUUUGCUGUGGCGGCGUUUGAACAUUUGGAGAUCCUGGAGCCAUAUGCGGAUGACCUGGAAACCGCGAAUGUGUAGGAGAAUAUU